AUAAGGCCGUGUUAGCCUCGUUCGGGCUCUGUGCUGAGGUGGUGUAGAGUCGCUGUAGGCGGUUUUGCUAAAAACUCAAGUUAUAUUUUCCAUUUUUUUAUCGUUUCUGUCUUCGGUUAUCGUCUCUAAAUCAUGCCUUUCUAUCAGACGUGGGAAGAGUUUGCCCGAGCGGCGGAGAAGCUCUACCUGACGGACCCGAUGAAGGUCAGAGUCGUGCUCAAGUACAGACACUGCGACGGGAACCUCUGUAUGAAAGUCACAGAUAACUCUGUGUGUCUGCAGUACAAGACCGACCAGGCGCAAGACGUGAAGAAGAUCGAGAAGCUGCACGGGAAACUGAUGAGAUUAAUGGUCUCCAAAGAGUCCCACAGUGGCGCGAUGGAAACGGACUGAGUGAUCCUGGAGGACUUUGCUGUUUUUGGACAGCAGUGUGUGUCGGCUCGUCUGACGUUAAUUUGAAGAGCAUGGAAUUUAAUGGCCCGGCGUUUGGAAUAUGAGAACUGGGAGAGUGAGGGAGACAGAAUGGAAAAUGAUAUCCUCGUUUGCACACAGCUUCUCACGAUGGGAAGAGUCGAUAUUUAUUUUCUGAUCCAGGAUGGACUUAAAUGUUAUUAGGCAGAGAGCGAUCUCCCUUAUAUUCUUUAUACAUCGUUGAGUGACCAGUUUGCAGUCACAAUCAGUUUAUUGAAUAGUCUAUACAUAGAAGCAGGGACUUCUCAGUUCAUUUGGAAUAGUAUUAUUAGUGUUUACCAGCUCUGCUCCUGGAGGCACAAAUGCACUGCACAGUUUUGUUUUGUUUUUUUUCUGCUCCAACAUCAUCAGAGGUUAUUGCUAUAACUCAGGAGCAGGGGAAGCUCAAAACUGUUGCAGAUGGCCUGCAGGACUGGAGCUGAAUCUCAGCAAUCAUUGGAACCCACAUUGAUUCAAGUCUGUCAGUAAUGAAUGCAUUUACCUGAAAUAAAUGUUUUAUUUUUUUUGGCAUCUGAGACUUUUGCGUGGCUGUCUUCAUGUAGAGGUGAUAUUUUGCCUACUUUUGUGACUGUAAUAUGCAAAAAGUUACACAACAAUUCAUGUAAUCUGCCAUUAUCAAUUAAAACACUUGCAUCAUG